AUUUGUUGCCAGAAAGAGUGCAUUGUGAACAUUCUGUCGUUCAUGGCCACGGCGGAGGAGGUUUGCCGAUUGGCGGCUGUUUCUCGGACUUUCCGAUCAGGCGUUAAUAGCGACGUUGUGUGGCUAAACUUUCUUCCGGUGGAUUGGGAGCUCAUGGUUUCUUCUAUAAGGUCUUCGGAGGUGCCUUCGUGGUUGGUCUUCACGGCUGUACUGAAGAAGGAUCUCUUUUAUCUACUAUGUCGUCAGUAUGUACAUCUCCAUCCUCCUAUAUUUCCAGAUCAUUACACAUCUUCCGUGUACGAUAACCUGGAGAGUGUAAAGGUCAUAUUUGUCACUUGUUCCAAUGACGCCUUUCGAAUAUCGUACAAUACUGACGUUGGGAACUACGUAUGCAGUCUACUUGGUGUUCAAGUUCAAGUCUGUUGAACCCGCAUCAAACCCGGUUCGAUUAUGCUUGUACCUUACACUUGGAAUUGAUAUGGAAGUGCAAAAACAGUUUGUAGCCUUAA